AUGAAGGAAAAGGGCGUUCCCCAGACCGAUCACGAAUAUCAACGAAUUUCAGCCUUCUUGAUGAAUUUUCAACAAGCGCAAGCCCUUAGGAAGCAGCAGAAUGCUUUCAUGCAGCAGCAGAAGCAGGCGCAACAAGCACAAGGAGGCGGCGCUCCAAACGGAGCCCAACCUACCCAGAACUCUCAGCAAUCUGCAGCCCAGACAACACAGACCCCUUCAUCGGGUGCUCUCGGUGCAUCUGCUCUUCCUGCUACAUCGAAUACCGGUGGUUCGGCUCCGCCAACAGCCACUGGCGCUGGGCACUUCACACCACAACACUUGGCUUUGCUACGCCAGCAGAUACAGGCAUUCAAGUUCCUCAGCAAGAAUGCCGGAGUUCCUAUUGCUAUGCAACAGGCGAUAUUUGCACAGCGCCAACGACGCCAGGCUUCAGCUGCUCAGCAACUGUCUCAGACCGCGUCAACACCCACCGCUCAAGGCAAUCAGGAUACCACAAAGACUGGAGCAGAUGCUGGAGAUGCUGAAGGCCAGACCAAGUCAGGACCGCCAAUGGAUCACCUCAUCAAGUCUAUUAAACUACCAUGGAGUGAGCCGGAUAGGCUACUGCUCAAGAACAUCAACUAUUUCGAUCAUACGCGCAGGACUCACCGGCCUUUCAUUCCAGGAGUCUUUCCCUCGGGCAUCGACUUUGACCAGUUGAGGGCGGACCGAGAGAAGAUUCUUUUCAACAGAAUGAGCGUGAGAUAUAGCGAGUUGAAGAGCCAACCCGGGAACCUGGCCCAUUGGGAUACUUCAAAGGAAGCUCUUGCCCCCGAUGACACCUUGAAGCGUAAGGCUAUCAUCGAGAUGAAGUCAAUUGCUCUAUAUUCCAAACAGCGAGCUCUGCGCGACAGGAUUGGGCGGCAGAUGAUGCAUUAUGACAACUUGGCGAUGACUACCAACAGAAGCUCGUACCGUCGCAUGAAGAAGCAGAGUGUCCGAGAAGCUCGUAUUACUGAGAAGCUUGAGAAGCAGCAGCGUGAUGCUCGUGAGAAUCGGGAGAAGAAGAAGCAUACAGACUUCCUGCAUGCUAUUCUCAACCACAAGGCCGAGAUCCACAAUUCUGCUCAGGGCCAACGGAACAAGAUGCAGAAACUUGGUCGCCUCAUGUAUAACCAUCACUUCAACAUUGAGAAGGAGGAGCAGAAGCGCAUUGAGCGUAAUGCUAAGCAACGUCUCCAGGCUUUGAAGGCUAACGAUGAAGAGGCUUAUCUCAAGCUCCUUGAUCAGGCCAAGGAUACUCGCAUUACUCAUCUUCUCAGGCAGACCGAUGGUUUCUUGUACCAACUUGCCGCAUCAGUCAAAGCGCAGCAACGCGCUGCAGCAGAACGUUAUGGAGACGAGGGAGCAGAGUAUCCUGAUGAGGAGAGCGAGGUCGACGAAGAGGACGAGGAAGGAAGCCGCAAGAUUGAUUACUAUGCCGUCGCACAUCGUAUCAAGGAAGAAGUCACGGAGCAAGCUAAUAUUCUGGUCGGUGGCAAGCUCAAGGAGUACCAGAUCAAGGGUCUCCAGUGGAUGAUCUCGCUCUACAACAACAACCUCAACGGUAUCCUUGCAGACGAGAUGGGCCUCGGCAAGACUAUCCAGACAAUCAGCUUGAUCACCUACCUUAUUGAGAGGAAGCAGCAGAACGGGCCGUACUUGGUCAUUGUUCCGCUCAGUACCCUCACCAAUUGGACGCUCGAGUUUGAGAAGUGGGCCCCGUCUGUUACCCGCGUGGUUUACAAGGGUCCGCCAAAUGCCCGGAAGCAGCAACAGGAUAAAAUUCGCAUGGGCAAAUUCCAAGUUCUUCUGACAACCUACGAGUAUAUCAUCAAGGACCGCCCCAUUCUUAGCAAGAUCAAGUGGUUCCACAUGAUCAUUGAUGAGGGUCACCGUAUGAAGAACUCCAACUCGAAGCUCAGUGCCACCAUCCAGCAGCAUUACUCAACUCGCUUCCGCCUGAUUCUUACAGGUACACCGCUACAGAAUAACUUGAGUGAGCUGUGGGCUAUGUUGAACUUCACACUGCCCAACAUCUUCAAAUCUAAUAAGACAUUCGAUGAAUGGUUCAACACGCCGUUCGCAAACACAGGCGGUCAGGACAAGAUGGAGCUUACUGAGGAAGAACAAAUUCUUGUCAUUCGUCGUUUGCAUAAGGUCUUGCGACCGUUCCUGCUUCGUCGUCUCAAGAAGGAUGUCGAGAAAGACCUGCCCGACAAGACGGAGAAAGUCAUCAAAUGCAAGUUCUCGGCACUGCAAUCCCGUCUCUACAAACAGAUGGUCACGCACCAGAAACUUGUCGUCAGCGAUGGUAAAGGUGGCAAGACAGGUGCCCGCGGUCUCAGCAACAUGAUCAUGCAGCUGCGAAAACUCUGCAACCACCCUUUCGUGUUUGAUGAGGUCGAGAACCAAAUGAACCCUACAAACACCAGCAAUGAUCUGUUGUGGAGAACUGCGGGCAAAUUCGAGCUUCUCGACCGCGUCCUGCCUAAGUACAAGGCGACUGGCCAUCGUGUCCUCAUGUUCUUCCAGAUGACUGCGAUUAUGGACAUCAUGGAAGACUUCCUUCGCUACCGUGGAAUCACAUACCUUCGACUGGAUGGUACGACCAAGUCAGAAGAUCGUUCUGAGCUCCUGCGCGAAUUUAACAGGCCUGAUUCUCCGUACUUCAUGUUCCUGCUCUCCACCCGUGCUGGUGGCCUGGGUCUUAAUCUGCAAACCGCAGAUACCGUUAUCAUUUAUGAUUCGGACUGGAAUCCCCAUCAAGAUUUGCAGGCACAGGAUCGAGCCCAUCGUAUUGGUCAGAAGAACGAAGUGCGUAUCCUGCGGUUGAUUAGCUCGAAUUCUGUGGAGGAGAAGAUUUUGGAGCGGGCCCGGUUCAAGCUUGACAUGGACGGCAAGGUCAUUCAAGCUGGCCGCUUCGAUAAUAAGUCUUCUGAAACCGAUCGUGAUGCCAUGCUUCGAACGCUGCUGGAGACUGCUGAUAUGGCUGAACAAGGCGAGCAGGAAGAGAUGGAUGACGAGGAAUUAAAUAUGAUUCUUGCCCGUAGCGAAGAUGAAAUGGGCGUUUUCCAAGAGCUUGACGAGCAGAGAAUCAAGGACCCUAUCUAUGGAACAAGACCAGGUUGCAAGAGCGUCCCUCGUCUGAUGGGAGAGGACGAGCUGCCGGAGAUCUACCUGUCCGAGGGCAAUGCAGUCGAAGAAGAAAAUGAGACCAUUCUCGGCCGUGGUGCUCGUGAGAGGACCAAGGUUCGGUAUGACGAUGGUCUUACCGAGGAGCAGUGGCUGAUGGCGGUUGACGAUGAUGAUGACUCGCCGGAGGCUGCUGCUGCGAGAAAGCAAGCCCGGAAAGAUAAGAGAGAGGCAAACCGUCUGAAGAGAUUGGCUGCCGGUGAAACUGUAGAGUCUCCCACUGCAAGCCGUGCCAGCACAGAGGAGCAGGAGACGCCCGUCAAAAAGCGAGGUCGAAAACCAGGCAGCAAGAAUGAGAAGCGCAAGGCCGAGGAAGGCGAGGAUGAGCCCCCGGCAAAGAAACGUCGUGGACCUCAGGGCCGCCCCAAGGCUGUUGCGGCUGUCAAUGGAAGCGAGAGCAAGAUCAAUCCUCACGUCCGCACUGUGCUCCAGUCUAGUCUACGACACCUCUAUGACAGCCUCAUGAAGCUGGAGGUCGAUGAUCCUGAGCCUGAAGAUCCCGAAGAGGAUAACAAGGAUGACGAUGACGAGCCUCCCAAGCGUCUCAUCAUUGGGCCAUUCAUCAAGUUGCCUCCUAAGCGAGACUAUGGUGACUACUAUGUUAUCAUUCAGACCCCAAUCUGCAUGAAACAGAUCGAGGCCAAGAUUAAGAAAGAGGAAUACAAUAGUCUUCAGGAUCUGAAGAAGGACAUCGACCUGCUUUGCAACAACUGCAGAACCUACAAUGAGGAUGGAAGCUUGCUCUACUCUGAUGCUAACACCAUGGAGGCAUUCUUCAGUCAGAAAGUUGCUGAGGAGCUCAAGGCGCAUCCCGAGUUGAAUGAUCUUGAAGACUCUUCCCAGAAAGACACAUCAGCUCCACCAACCACCAGCGCAGGAACUCCUCAGCCUUCCUCUGGUCCUACCCGAAUCAAGCUCAUCAACAACUCGGCGAAUCAUGCAAAUGGCGCGAGUAGUGCUGCCCAGAGUGAUGAUGAGAGCUAA